AGCAGCACUUCACUUCUCCCUUGCUUCCCAGAAGAAACUCUCCAUUAUAAUUUGUAAAUUAUAAUUGCCACAAUUCGCCUGCUGAAACUGUACAUUACACUCGCUGUUCCCAGUCUCUCUCUCUCGCAUAAGGACUUGAAAUGGAAACUGAAGAGAUAUUAGCAGAAGAGCUGCUAAACGUUGAGGUUGAAAUUCAAGGCGUCCAAGACCAAAUCAAGAUAUUGCUUGACCAACAGGAGAGGUUAUAUGAAAGGCAAUCUGAAUUGAAGGCUAUACUUGAAGCAUGUAAAGAAUCAGGUUAUCCUGUUAAUGGCGCUUCAACUAAUGUGGAAGACUGGUCUGGGCCAUUUGAGUGGGAUUCUCAAGCUGAUGAUACUAGGUUCAAUAUAUUUGGCAUAUCCGCAUAUCGUGCAAAUCAGCGAGAGAUUAUCAAUGCUGUCAUGAGUGGAAAAGAUGUUCUAGUGAUUAUGGCUGCAGGUGGCGGCAAAAGCCUCUGUUACCAGCUUCCAGCAAUUCUUCGUGAUGGAGUUGCUCUUGUUGUUAGUCCUUUGCUUUCUUUGAUUCAGGACCAGGUGAUGGGUUUGGCAGCCUUAGGCAUUCCAGCUCAUAUGUUGACAUCAACUACUAGUAAGGAGGAGGAGAAGUUAAUAUACAAGGCCCUUGAAAAGGGGGAAGGAGAUUUGAAAAUAUUGUAUGUGACUCCCGAAAAGAUAUCAAAGAGUAAGAGGUUUAUGUCAAAACUUGAAAAGUGCCAUCAUGCUGGUCGUCUAUCUCUCAUUUCUAUUGAUGAGGCACAUUGCUGCAGCCAGUGGGGUCAUGAUUUUCGACCUGACUACAAAAGUCUUGGUAUCCUCAAGACUCAGUUUCCCAAUGUUCCUGUGAUUGCUUUGACUGUUGCAAAGGAGUUGCGAGAGAGAGGAAUAUCAGCUCUUCAUUAUCAUGCAGACAUGGAUGUAAAUGCUCGUGAAAAUGUUCAUAUGCGGUGGAGUAAUGGAAAACUACAAGUCAUCGUUGGCACGGUAGCAUUUGGCAUGGGAAUCAACAAACCAGAUGUCAGGUUUGUCAUCCAUCACAGCCUAAGUAAAUCGAUGGAAACAUACUACCAGGAAAGUGGCCGAGCUGGACGAGAUGGACUCCCUUCUCAAUGCCUACUUUACUUUAGACCUGGUGAUGUUCCUAGGCAGAGUUCAAUGGUCUUCUAUGAAAAUUCCGGAUUGCAGAACCUUUAUGACAUAGUACGAUAUUGUCAGUCAAAAAGACAAUGUCGCCGUAGUUCGUUUUUCCGCCAUUUUGCCGAGCCAUUACAGGACUGCAAUGGGAUGUGUGACAACUGUGCAUUUUCAAAUGAGGUUAAAGAAGUGGAUGCCUCUCGUCAUGCGAAGCUUAUUAUUUCUUUGCUGCAAGAUACACAAGAAAAUGAUCAGAGAUUGACAGUGUUGCAACUAGUUGAUAAAAUUAAAGCAAAGCACAAGGAACUAGGUUCUGAGCUAAAGAGGGAGGAAAUAGAGCAGCUUGUCAUAAAGCUCAUAUUAGAUAGAAGUUUGAAAGAAGAAUUUCAGCAUACAGCUUAUUCCACAAAUGCAUAUGUAACAAUAGGACCCUUGGCAAAGCAAGUAUUGCAUGGGAAGUGCAGUGUUAAACUUGAAAUUUCUAGCGGACAAAAUAAAGUAGCUGGUAUAAAAUCAGUUAAACGCAGUUGUGCUUCCUUUGGUUUGGAAUUGAAGCUAGACGAGCUGAGAAAGGAACUCUCCUCAGUUCAUGGAGGAAUAUUCCCGCAUUCUGUUCUCUCGACUCAACAAAUCAAUAUGAUAAGUGCCCAGAAGCCAAAUUCUGUGGAACUGUUGGAGAAUAUAAUUGGAAAACUCAAGGCAGAGAAAUACGGAAGUAGAAUACUUGAGCAAGUAAAUACGUAUGCAAAUUCAACACAGCCGGAGGAUGCCAAAGAAGAUCAAGAUAUUGAAAAUAGAGCCUCAAAAAGGCUAAAGAGCAAAAAGCAUCUAGUUCUUGUUGAGAGCAGUGAUGAUGAAUCCUGACAGAAACAGUUCUGAUUCUUAUAAGUAUUUUUUCUGUGUCUUCCCACAACAUAGCUCUUGUAUUAAGUAUGGGGCUCAUACUUGAGUUCCGAGGCACCCUUGUCAAUUUUGUGGCGUAAAUGGAAAUAGGAAUAAAAAAUUAUAUUUCUUGCCAAUAUUGGGAACUGCUGAAAAGGUGUUGAUUUGUUCAAUCAAUGGUAAAAGGGUGAAGAAGUCAAUUUUUUUUUUU